UCCAGUCAGGCAUCCUCGCCGUCGCUGUUUCAACACGAGGUUCACCGCCUCGCCAUUCCGAAGGGGUUCCGUCGAAACGGCCGGUGAUGAUCGGAAAAAUCAUCUCUCAUCGGCUAUGGAGGGCGUCGCCAUUAAUGGCGAGGAGGAGGCUCUUCUCAGAAGCAAGUUCUUCUCGGUUCUCCUUGUGCGCGCCUCCUGUUCAUCGUUCUUCUGGUUCGACUUGCUCUUCUGGUGUGGAGGCUGACGUUCUCUCAGUGGACUGGGCUCCGCCUUCCCCGAAGUCCGCCACCAUUCCCACCCUCCUCCAGCCUCGUGUUCUCAUCUACGAUGGCGUCUGCCACCUCUGUCAUCGUGGAGUUAAGUGGGUGAUCCAAGCUGACGAAUAUGAAAAGAUCAAGUUCUGCUGUCUGCAGUCGAAGGCUGCUGAACCUUACUUGCGCUUAUGUUGUCUUACACGGGAAGAUGUACUUCAAAGAGUUCUAUUUGUCGAGGGCCCUGAAUCUUACUAUGAAGGAUCCACAGCUGCGCUCAAAGUUGCGUCCUACUUACCACAUCCUUAUGCCGCAUUAAGUGCUCUUCUUAUAAUCCCGGCCUCAAUUAGGGAUGCAGUCUAUGACUACAUUGCCAAACGGCGGUAUGCCUGGUUCGGAAAGGAUGAUAAGUGCCUUGUCAUGCAUGAUAAGGAUCUGCUAGACCGUUUUAUUGACAGGGAAGAACUGUUUGGUGAUUGGGAUGAGAACUAACUCUUUUAAGCUCGCCUGCUUAUAUUCCAUAAGAAUCAGUAAAGAUACAAAGUUCAUUAGGAAUACACAAUGCUGAAUGUUAUUUUUGAAGUAAGUAUUUUCUCAUGGGUUUUUUUUUUCAUGUGGAUAAUACAUGCAUAUAUAGACUUCCUUGGUCACUAAUCAGGAUGGGUUUGCUAAUUCACAAUUAGAGACCAUCUAUUUUGAUUUUGUUAACCUGGGAUCAUAAUCCUAAAUAAUUAUAGAGUUCCUGAAGUUUCUAA